AAGAGUUUGGCAGUUUCUUUCAAAACGAGUCUAAUGUAAGGAUUCAACAAUCACAUCUCCAAUAUUUGGACAACUGUUUUGAAAAACUAUGUCCCAGCAAAAUCCAGCAUGCAAUUAUGCACAGCAGCUCUAUUCAUAAUGGCUAAAAACUUAAAGAAUUCAGAAUGUCUUCAGUAGAUGAAUGCAUAAGCAAACUUUGGUACAUUCACGUGAAGGGGAGCAGAAUAUGCCGCCCCAAAAUAUGCAUCUUUGGUGUAAGAAUUAUUUACGGUUGGCUAACUUUUUUAAAUGGAAGACAGGAGAAUCUCUAAAAAAAAAGUAGUAGAAGUUGCCCUUUGUGUAGGAAAUCUAUAUUAUUAGGGAAAUCUCCAUCCGUAAAGGUGUGUCCCUCUUUGUGCGGGGUGGGGUGAGGGGGGUGGAGGGGAUAGGAUGACUGAGUCUUUAGAAACUUUUAUCAAUGGGAGAAGCCUGGACUUCAAUCUGCACGACCACCAUAACCUUGUUUACUGUGCUUUGUCUGAAAACCUCCAUUAACUGGCUCCCGGACACAACUUCCUUCGGUUUCAGCUGAAGAUGAUUUUGAAGGUGAUGGCUUGACCCUUUCCCUGACCCUAUUCCUGAUGGUUACCUUGACCUUUAAUCCUAACAUUGAUUCUGUGACUUUUUCAUAACCUUAUCCAUAUCAUAGGAUGCAGGGAUUUGUAGAAGCCUUGAGGUGAAAAUUCAAGCUUUGGUCCUUUGGAAGGGUACACUUGGAAGAGGGAACAGCCUUUUGAAGUCUUGAGAUGGGCUUGAGCCUAUAUGUUUUAAGGAACGAGGCUGGUGACUAGAGCAGAGUGAAUGAGGGGAGUCCAGUCGGGUUGGGCAUUGUCAAGCUGGGGAAAUGAUUUAAGGAAAUAAACCCAUACCAUGCAAGACUAGUAACUGUUGCACAGGAAACACUAAUUGUUAGUUCCUAUUUUUAGUAUUUCCAUGCUAUGAGUGAGAAACACUGGAGUUAGCUCUUAGUGCAGGGCUAUGCAUAUGUGGUGAUCAAAAUUGCACCUUAGGCUGGUGUGGGUAAAAUUGUAGUAUAUCCAGAGUAUCUCCCCUGGCUUUAGUGCAUCUGUAUAUAAGGAGGCAUUCCUCAGGGGUGGGUAAAAGUUCAUCUCCAUAUCAAUGGGUAAUUCCUGGGCAACUAGGGCUUAUCGGAACCUGAGAGGUGAGGGGGAGGGCUGGUUUUCUUUCUGCAGGAGCAGGAAAGAGAGAUGGCCCCGGACUGCAGUUUGUAAGCAAUAAACGGGUUUUAAACUUUAUUUCUCCCACUGACUGAUUUUGAUUUUAGAGGUAUUUUGCCCCGGGAUUUCCUUUCCCCAGAUUUACAGUUGGUUAUCAUCAUCGCGACGGGAUGUCAGCAUACAAGAACUAGCUUCCUACACAGUGAACCACCAGCUUCACAGGCUGAGGUCAGGAACUUUGACCUACACCAUCUGCACCCAGUUGCAACAGACCUUCCCAACCCUGUAGCCUUGCCCUUGACGGAGUCAUCACAUCACCCUUGGAGGGGCUGGUGACCACGUUCAUCGGCCCCCAGUGACAAAGAGUGCAACCUUGGGCAGGGCACCCUUGUCCACUACCUGCUGCAGGAGCCGACUUCCCCAUGGCCCACCAAGGCUGCCUGAGUAAUGCCAGGGCGCCCCCUGCCUGUCCUGCAGACCCAGACACCACCCAUCCCCUUGGGCCACGCCUCUAGCAGGGACGUGUCAACUGGGAGGCGGGGCCAGCCUAGGGAUCAAGCUGGGAGGAACAAGGACCUUGCUUUCCCCGGUCCUCUCCUCAGCGUACAGCUGAAAAGAGCUGAUAUGAUUAGUCAGGCGAAGCCAACACACUUGGCAUUGCUCCAGAAUGCCUAAGCGGAGUUGUCGAUGAACCGGACAGCUCCUCACUGCGGUCAGGACCAACUGCAGAGACCAGGUAUCAGACUGGAUUCCUCAGAUUCCUCACUGCGCCGCACUGUUGUACUUGGAACUACUCUUAGCAGCAAAAAGUGGGCGGUCGCUUGGGAGGCCUCUACACAUGCGCGCAUCACGGACUCUCAACUGGCCAAUGGCAAACCUGGGAGACCGCACGUAGCCCUCCUCUUAUCUAGCCUGGAUUCGGAGCCGCUUUAAGCAUGCGCGUUAGUGCUUGCCCAGAGCCGUUACCAGGGCUCCCCACAGUGGAAGGAAUACGUCUCGGAGCGCACUGCGCAGGCGUGUUUUGUAGCCGCCCCGCCCCCGGCGCGGAUUUAAGCCAAUCCCAGCGGAGACGCCCAACGCCGGAGGCGCGCGCCCCGGGAGGAGAUGGCAGGGCGGCCGGUACCCUCGAGCGCGGAGCCCGCUGGAGCCCUGGACGCCGCUGGGAAGGCCGGAGGACAGGCCAAGUCAUCACAGAAAAUUGAAGACUUGAUGGAAAUGGUGAAAAAGUUGCAGAAAGCGGGAAGCCUAGAGCCCAGGGUUGAAGUCCUGAUUAACCGGAUUAACGAGGUUCAACAAGCAAAAAAGAAAGCCAGUGAGGAUCUGGGAGAGGCCCGGACUGUCUGGGAGGCCCUACACAAAGAACUCGACUCAUUGAGUGGAGAGAAAGUACGCCUGAAAGAAAUCUUGAGCAAAAAGCAAGAGACCCUAAGGAUCCUGCGGCUCCAUUGCCAGGAGAAGGAGAGUCAGGCACAGAGGAGGCAGACCAUGCUGCAGGAGUGCAAGGAGCGCAUUUCUGCCCUGAAUUCCCAGAUUGAGGAAGAGAAGAAGAAACAGAGGCAACUGAGGUUGGAUUUUGAGGAACAGCUGGAGGAUCUGAUGGGCCAGCACAAGGACCUCUGGGAAUUUCACAGGCCAGAGCAGUUGGCCCAGGAGAUUGGUGCCCUGGACAGCAGCAAGGAACAGUUGCUCAAGGAAGAGAAGCUGGUAGAGGCAAAGCUGGAGGAUGUGAAGCAUCGUCUGUGCUCCCAGUUUGGGGCCAAGGGCUGCUCAGCCAUCAGGGAGGGGCUCUUUCUCCGAAGCCAGGAGGCAGCAGCUGCAGUGCAUCUGUUUGAGGAGGAGAACAAGAAGGCCCAGGACCUCCUGGAGGCUGCUGCCCAGCUCCAUAAACAGCUGCAGCAGAAAUGCCAGCAGCUGCAGCAGAAGAAGCAGAGGCUCAAGGAGGAGGUGGAAAAGCUUGGGUUGCAGGUCCCUGCUCAAGCCCAGAGCGCACAUGAGGAAAGGUCUGGCCCAGGAGAAGCUGCCAAUCCCAAGCCUCUUGGAGUCAGUGAGGAGAAAAACACAGAGCUGCAUACCAAGCAGGGUUCUCUGCCCUCCUAGGAGGACCUACCUGCCUACAGCUUAUUCCAUGGACUUUAGGAAAUAAAGGCAUUAUUUCAGUAUAAUGGCCUCAACUGAGUCUGUGCUGGGGGUUGGGGUUUGCCUGGCUCAAGACCUCUGGCCCCUGAGACUGGGUGAGGCCUUGUCCACACUACCUCUUGACCUCAUCCAGAGUCCCUCUGCAGGCAUUCAGUGAAUGCUUCCCGAACCUCAUGGUCUCUGGUCUGCUCAUCCCUAGGGC